CUUUCUCUCAGCGGGCGCCCGGGCCCGGCCAUGGCGGACUUUGACGAGAUCUACGAGGAAGAAGAAGACGAGGAGCGGGCGCUGGAGGAGCAGCUCCUGAAGUACUCCCCCGACCCGGUGGUGGUUCGCGGCUCCGGCCAUGUCACCGUGUUUGGGCUAAGCAACAAAUUUGAAGCAGAAUUUCCUUCAUCUUUAACUGGAAAGGUUGCACCUGAAGAAUUCAAAGCCAGUAUUAGCAGAGUUAACAGCUGUCUUAAGAAGAAUCUUCCAGUUAAUGUACGAUGGCUACUAUGUGGAUGCCUUUGCUGCUGCUGCACUUUAGGUUGUAGUAUGUGGCCAGUUAUCUGCCUCAGUAAAAGAACACGAAGAUCGAUUGAGAAGUUAUUAGAAUGGGAAAACAAUAGGUUAUACCACAAGCUGUGCUUGCAUUGGAGACUAAGCAAAAGGAAAUGUGAAACGAAUAACAUGAUGGAAUAUGUCAUCCUUAUAGAAUUUUUACCAAAGACACCGAUUUUUCGACCAGAUUAGCAUUUGAUUUAUUUGUAGAGACUUACUUUAAAGUAUGUUGUCUUUCCAAUGGUGCCUUGCUUGGUGCUCUCCUGGUGGUAACAUAAGCAUUGGUUCUACAGAAUCUUGUGGUGUUUUCAUGCUUUUGUUUGUUUGUUUGUUUGUGUGGGGGGUGGUUGUUUGUUUGAAUUUGUUGUUUGCCUUUUUUUUUUUUUAAACAAAGAGCAUGUUCUAAGUGCAUUUGGUCAAACCCUACAAAGUAAUUUCACACAGGUGUUAACUUCUACUUAAGUUAUUGCUACUUUUACUCCUUCUGUUAAUGUAUCUUGAUUUUUCCCGAGUCUCUUCUGGCGUGUGUGCGGGCAUAUGUACAUA